CCCAGCCCAGCCCAGCCGAGCCCAGCACAGCACAGCAGCACAGCCGAGCCCAGCCGAGCACAACCCAGCCCAGCCCACCGAGCCCAGCCCAGCCCAGCAGAGGCCAGGCCAGCCCAGCCCAGCCCAGCACAGCAGCCCGGCCCAGCCCAGCCCAGCCCGCCGAGCCCAGCCCAGCCCGGCGGCCGAGCCCAGCCCAGCCCGGCCGAGCCCAGAUAGCCGGCCGAACCCAGCCCAGCACAGCCGAGCCCAGCCCACCCAGCCCAGGCCGCCCAGCCCAGCCCAGCACAGCCGAGCCCAGCCCAGCCCAG